AGUCGCCAUGGUAACUUCUUUGACCCCCUCCAAACACAACACUUCUUUCUUAUUCAUACGGCAUUUAGUCACAUACAAAUGUGUCCCAUUAAACUAGACAAGAACACUAGCAAACAUAUUUAACCAUUAUCCCCUGAACAUUCAACUGGCUGAAGCACUGCUCGUGACAAGUCGCCAUGGUCCGCCUAACCAUGGACCUAAUUGCUAAAUCUCACAACCAUUUGAAGAAAAAGAGAAACUUCUCAGUUUCUCAGUUCCUCAAAAAACUAACUCACUUGAACUUUUCCAACAAAAAUAUAGAGGGCAUUGACGAUCUCUCCAUGUGCAGAAACCUCACAGUCCUCUACCUGUAUGACAACCAGAUCACCAGUAUCUGCAACCUAAACUUUGCCACCAACCUCACCCACCUGUACAUGCAGAACAACAACAUCACUCGCAUCGAGAACCUCUUCUCCCUGCAGAACCUCUCCAAACUGUAUCUGGGUGGGAACAGCAUCACGGUGGUGGAGGGUUUGGAGGAGCUUGGGGAGUUGAAGGAGCUGCAUGUCGAAGGCCAGAAACUUCCACUCGGAGAGAAGCUGCUCUUUGACCCCAGGACCCUCCUCUCCCUAGCUGAAUCUCUCAAUAUCUUGAAUAUUACCAAGAACAACAUUGAUGAAAUCAAGGACCUGGCAGUCCUAAAAAACCUCACUCAACUUUUUGCUGCUGACAAUAAAUUGAGCGAUACACAGGAAUUGGAGGAUGUGUGCAGCCAAUGGAUUCAGCUUCAUCAAAUGAAUCUGACUGGAAAUCCUGUCUGUCAGAAACCAAAGUAUAGAGACAGGCUGAUUACUGUGUGCAAAAGACUGGAGGAACUUGAUGGGAAGGAAAUUAACGAGUUGUCAAGGCAGUUCCUGAUUAACUGGAAAGCGUCAAAGGCCAAGAAAAAAAUUAAAGAUGAAAAAAUCAUUACCAGACAGAUCACUUUUCCCUUCAUAGAUGAUUUUAACGUGAGCGUCCAUCCUUCACACAACAACUCCUGGACCAAUGUACUGGGCAAGAGGAGGCCGUUAAAUUGCAUGAGACUCGGUGUUAUUAAAGUAUGCUCUGACCACUCACACAUGGCUCAUGGAACAUUAAGUGCGCACAGCAUAACGGUCCCUGUGAGCGCAGCACUACUUGGUGACAUGGCCGACUCUGCAGCCACUUGACUUGCCAGCUUUACUAAACACACUCAUAUACACACAGACAACUUCUUCAUGUCUGACCCAUGGACUUGACACACAUGGCCUGGAGACUGCCACUGCUGCCUCUGCACAUCAGAAUCUGACCUGCUCCCUUGAAACUCUUCUAAAAAAAUGUCUGAAAUUAUCGAUGCCUUUCACGUUUUUCUCCCUGUGUGCGUUUGUUUGUGUUUAGUCUCUCCUAACUGCCUGAUUUAGAAUUGACCAGUGUGGUGUUUGAUAUGGUAUUUCUUACAGUGCAAAUAAACAUAAUUUGCAUUAU